GUUUUAAACUGUUUAAAUCCUAAAGUUCUUCUUUCUCAUAAACCAAAUGCUGUUGAACUUUGAAAGAUUAUUUUUUGCAAGUUCAUUAGCACAAAAGGAAGAUUGCUUUAAUAUCUAAAGGCUGCGUCUUGAAAAAUCAUUCACAAUGCAUUUAUUGUUCCAUCACUUGAUUUUUGUGGUUUCCAUCAUGGUUGGCGUCCAUAAUCGUCCGCAAGUACGUAUAUUUGCCAGACCAAAGUUAAACGAAGUCAAAGAUUUAAAAGAAGUCACACAAGAGACUGCAAACUUGGCCAACUCCUAUUUCGUGUUUUUCAAUCACAAUAUGAAACGGUCAAAAGACUCGUGUGAGACGCAGGAAUUCAACCAUACCAUCCGAAAACGCGGUUGUAUACCCGUAACUAUUCCGAACAAAAUUUGCACUGGGGAAUGCAAUUCCUAUUAUAUUCCGUACAAAUCACAACGAAGCAAUGAUGUACACAACGUGUUUCAAAACUGCCGGCAAUGCGUGCCGAAAUCGUAUCAAAAAAUAGCUGUGGUUUUGAAAUGUCCGAACCGGAGACGCAAACAUAAAGUAAAGAAGGUGAAAUUGAUCUAUUCUUGUCGAUGCAAGUCGAACACGUGCACGUUGAAAUGAUGUAGAAUAGUAAUCAUGAAAUGGACUAUAAACAAAAUGAAAUGAAAUAGUCGCUUGUUUACAAGUUGAAUUGUUAUAUAUGUGUACAGUAUUAGUUCAUAUCAUUUUCAAAUUGGAUUUAAUAACCUUCUUAC